CCAUUUCUGUUCCUAAUUAUAUUUGUGUCUGCGGCGUCGAAUCCCAGUGCUCCAAUUUUCCGAUCGAACUUCAUAAUCUGUUUCCACUGCGAUUCAUUAUCCUAUUAGGUCUUGUUUUGAUUUUGGUUUAAAUUUUCCUUCGCCGCUUCGAUUGUGCAGUAGUAUACAGAGUGCUGUGGCGAAAAUGGUUCAUGAAGCGGCUGAUAUGGUAAUUGACGGGAACGAACAGAAGCCGAAGAACAUUGUUUCUAAUGGAUUCGAUGCGAAUUAUCUCAAAAUUUACUACGGCAAGCUUUUUCCUUUUGCUGAUUUUUUCAAAUGGAUGUCUUAUGGAAAUGAUGGCAAGCAUCCAGGCAGUGACCAUUCUUAUGUUGGCCGGAGAGAAUUUUCAUUCACCUUGGAUAAUGAUAUUUAUCUACGGUUUCAAUCUUUCAACAGUUUAUCUGAAAUGGAAAGUUCGACCAAGGAAAAAUGUCCAUUUAAAAUUGAUAUUGGGCCUGUAUACAGCGUGGAUCCUGCAAAGAGACACGCAUAUGCUGGUGCUAAUGUAUUUACUCCAGUGGAGAGAGAGCUAGUUUUUGAUAUUGAUAUGACCGAUUAUGAUGAUGUUAGAUAUUGUUGUUCUGGAGCUGAUGUUUGCUUGGAUUGCUGGCCUUUAAUGACUGCUGCGAUCAAAGUGAUUGAUACUACCCUCCGAGAUGACUUCGGAUUUAACCACAUUCUGUGGGUAUUUAGUGGUCGACGUGGUGUUCAUUGUUGGGUCUGUGAUGGCAAAGCAAGAAGGUUGUCUAAUGAACAGCGAGCUGCCAUUGCUGACUAUUUCCAUUUAUAUCAGGGUAAUGAAAAUAGUCGCAAGAAAAUUUCUCUAACGGGUCCGGUUCUUCAUCCAUUUCUCGCGAGAUCAUAUAUAGAAGUUCUCAAGGAUAGCUUUGAAUCAAAAUUGCUUUGUAGUCAAAAGAUUUUCUCAACUGAGGAGAGAUAUGAGAAAAUACUAGAUAUGAUUCAUGAUGAAUCCAUUACCUCGGAGCUUCGGGGAAGGUGGCAAGAUAAUAGGCGACCUUCUAAAAAUGAUGUUAAUUUAGUAAGAUGGGAGCAACUAAAAAAUAUGUUGCAAUCAGGGAAACAUAAGUCACAAGGAAUGCGUCGGCACGUUGAAGAGAUCGUUUUCUCUUUUACCUACCCUAGGCUUGACUUGGAGGUUACUAAACACAUGAACCAUCUGCUAAAAGCACCAUUCUGUGUUCAUCCCAAAACAGGUCGUAUCUGUGUCCCGAUCGACCCUGAACGCUGUGAUGAGUUUGAUCCUACUACUGUGCCAACUGUUGCCCAGCUCCUAGAAGAACUUAAUGCAGCAGACAUGGAAGUAGAUAGUGAGACUGACUGGGAUAGAACCUCACUUGGGGAAUCGAUUAGGUUUUUCAGAUCGGCAUUCUUACAGCCAUUACUGAAAUCAUGCAAGGAGGAGAUAGAAUCUUCAUACAAUGCUAAAGUUCAACAGUCGAAGAAUCCUCUGAGUUGGUAGAGAGCUAUAUUAAGUAAGCACACCCUUUUUUAGCUUCUAGAAGUGUUCCAUACUCUUCUGCAAAAUCUUAAAACUGCAGUGUAAAUAUAACCAGAGGUAACUUAAUUAUGUUGAAAGGAUUUCUCUGUAUAUGUAAUGUUUGGCUAAUUUAUUGACAUGAGGCUAAAAGACUUGACAGAUUAUUUUCAUUUCUAUUAUAGUUUGCUGGGGAACUCAUGCUUGUUUC